GUUCCAUCAAAAGCCACCGAGAUCUUCCUCUUGUAUGGUUUUGAUUCAAAAAUCGAAGAAGGUGAUAUUUCAUCAAAUAUUGAAACCGUUCAUGUUUUCAAUAUCAAGUAUCCAUUAGUCAUUCCAUCAACUGUAAAACAUGUUCAUUUUUACGAUGGCUAUGCUUUCCCAUUUGACCAAAAUUCAAUUCCAGAGGGUAUUGAAUCUGCACAUUUCCAUAAUGUUUCUCAUCCAGUUACCAAGACAUCGUUACCAUCAACUAUUAAGAAGCUUUCAUUCAACAAUGGUUAUUCUCAUCCAAUCAGACCAGGCGUUAUUAGUAAAAUGGUCCAAUCCGUUCACAUUGGUGAUAUUAAAGAGCCAUUGAUUCCAGAGUCUAUUCCA